UAAUCUACACAUGUACAGUACGUAGUCUUAUACCGUUGUGGCGAAAUGGAGGUGGUGACACGGACAGCGGGGGUCGUGCCCAAGCGCCUCGGCCUCAAGUACGGACCCGUGCCAACCUUGGCAUUGGAGUACGAAGACAUCUCAAGACAGCUCAAGUUGGCGGUCGUCGAGUUACCCCACUUGACACUGCAUGCAACGCCAUCUGAAAUAGCGGCAGGCAUUCAAAAGGAGCACCAACUGUUUGGCCCAAGUUUGGUGAAUGAAGACCAGCUCGUGCGGCUCAUGCAGCGCCUCCUUCAAAGUCAGCAUGAACGUUUGAUAAAACAACGCGAUGACCAAGGAACGUUGAGGCCUACUGGCACGACAUUAUUGAACUCUAGCCAGAGGAACGAGGAAGCCAAAAACGACGAGAAAGAGGAAGGCAGUGACAAGGGCGACAACGAGGACGACGAUGAAGGAAAGGAAGGGAGCGACGACGACGAAUACGAAAAGGUAGCACCAAACACGACCAGUGCGGGUACAGUAUUGAAGCCGGACGACGCAGUGGCAAUGUCGCCGAGUCCAGUGGUUCAGCAGCCACAAGCGGUGGAGGAGCUGGCUAAAGAUGACAGCGAAUUUGACGAAUCGUUUGAAGAGGAGUCGUUUGUCGAAGGCAGUGCGGACAAAGGGAGCUUCUUGACCCAAUCACCCACAACCAACAAAUUCGACGUUGACGAAAUGUCGGAAGCCACCAAGGGGAAAUUUGGGAGUGGCAUAGGUAGAGCUGAACCGGUUCUUAGCCAGGCAACCCCGGGCGUUGUCACGGAGCCAGAGCUGCCGGCCAAAGUCCCCAAUGAAACCAAACAAUCCGAGAAAACAUCAAUCAAGGUCGAUGAAAGCGCAGACGACAUUCCGUCCGAGGAGGAACUAGAGUACUUUUCAGGUGGCGACGAAAGUGGCGACGACGACGGGUUCUAAAUUACAACUUAACCAGCCCAGUCGCAUCAUCUUUAUGACUUGGUGGCUUGAUACCGCCAAUGGUUUGGCCAUGGCCUUUUGACGCUGGUGGCCGACCAACAUUCUGCCGUUACGUACAUAUGUCUUAUCUGGAUCCGGAUACUAAAGCACCCACGCCUCGGAUUGGCUAAAAUCCCUGGUUCGAAU